CAAAUCCAUCGACAGGUUUGUUCUGAUUCGGUAACCGCACUCCCCGGUUCUCUACAAUAACGGAGUUCAAAGAGCGACGAAAAUUUUAACAAUCCUGGUCCUGUGGAACGAUCCCACUGUUACGCUCGUGAACAUUUCAAAAUCGAAAAGCCAUGUCCGGCGUCCACCGGUCCUCUAGUGCUUCCCUGAAGAGCGGCCUUCCUCCCCAGGAACUCCUCGACGAUCUCUGCAGUCGGUUUGUUUUAAAUGUGCCAAAAGAAGACCUCGAGUCAUUUGAAAGGAUUUUAUUUCUUGUGGAGUAUGCACAUUGGUUCUAUGAAGACAAUUCUGUGGAGAAAAAUCCAUCACUAAAGUCAUUCACUCUUAAGGAGUUCACUUCUUUACUAUUCAACAGUUGUGAUGUCUUGAAACCUUAUGUUGCCCAUCUGGACGACAUAUUUAAGGACUUCACUUCCUACAAGGUCCGAGUUCCUGUAACUGGGGCAAUCAUUUUGGAUGAGACUUAUGAACGGUGUCUACUAGUGAAAGGUUGGAAAGGGUCAAGCUGGAGUUUUCCACGCGGCAAAAAGAACAAAGACGAGGAAGACCAUGCAUGUGCCAUCAGAGAAGUCCUGGAGGAAACAGGUUUUGAUGCUUCUAAGCUUCUUAACAAAGAUGAAUACAUUGAACUGAUAUUUGGACAACAGAGGGUGCGUCUCUACAUAAUUGCAGGUGUGAAGGACGAUACUGCCUUUGCUCCACUUACCAAAAAAGAGAUCAGCAAUGUUGCAUUGCAAUGGUGGGGAAAUUUGCAUUUUCUUGUUAUCUGCUUGCAGGAAAUUGCAUGGCAACGGCUUGAUGAACUUCAGCCUGCAAAUGAUGAUGUGAUAUCUCGUGGGAUCAGUGGCCUCAAGCUUUACAUGGUGGCUCCUUUCUUGAUAUCUUUGAAAUUAUGGGUUUCAGCACAUCAGCCCCCCUUGACUCCAAAACUUGAUAUGCCACUCAAAGGUUUUCCACUCUUUUGUCUUAAAAAAUCACAUAACCUAUAAAUGUCAGGUUAAUAUAAAUCUAAUGAAUGGAUCCCAGAGAAGGGAAAGAAGAAGAACAGUAAGAAGAAACUCAGAUGAUAAUAAUAUUUAUUAGUCAGAAAAUGUUAUUCCAAUUGAUUCCUUUUAAACUCACAUGGUAAUAAGUAGAUUUAAUCUUUAUAAUGAAGAAUAUUUCAUUGCCCUUUCUGGAAGAUUUAUCAUCGAUUAAGUGAGAACUGUAGAUGUUUCUUAAUUUUGUCAUUAUUUUGCUGCAAAUUCCAACUGUAAAUGAUUAUAUAUGGGGUAUGCCAUUAGAGUUAUCCAGAAUAUCUAUUGGGAAACGAUAAGGAAAGUUGGAAAAUAUGAUAAGUUAGCAGCUGCAUCCAAGUUCCAGCCUGUUUUCUAGUAUCAAAUUCGCAUGUACCUUCCUCUGCACUUGGCACCGUGAUGAUACUUGCCCUAAGUUCAGUGCUUGAGAUGAUCUAGUAAGGUACCCCAAGCUAAAUUGAGAUCGACUGAUCAGAGUGGAUCAUAUGUAGUCUUUUUUACAGCUUUGCCCUAUGUCAAAAUGCUGCCCCGUGAGAGUCCACGCUGUGUCUCAGUCCCAGUGUAGCAGUAACCCUACUCUUUGUUGCCUGCCUAAUCACCUUGUCAACUAUUUUUACCCAGGUUAUUUUAGACGUUUACCUUCUUUUAGGUUUUACUCCCUCAACUGGAAUUAUAUCAAUCUCUCUCGCCAAUAUCUUAAUCAGUCUUCAUGGGUGAAACCGGCCAUGUCUUUUGACUCUACCAUAUCUUUUCCUCGAUGUGGAUCACCGUUACCUUGUCUUUCCCCAUAUUCUCACUGUGCACUUAACAUUCUCAUUUUGGCUAUACACUCAUUUUAUGAAUACGCUAAAAUGAAUACGCUUCCUUUUAACUGCCCAGCAGUUAUAGGAAAUAGCCGGUCUAUAGCCAUGUUAUUAAGAUUUUCAUUAAAACCUCAAUAGGUACCACAUCUUUCUCAGUCUCCCUAUCUUUAUGAAUUAUUGAUCCAAGGCACUAAAAGUAAACAGUCUAUACCAACAUAAACGGAUUUUUUUGUUAAAUUAAGUUUUGGUUUUAAAGGGAGUUGCUUUUCUCCUGUGAGCAGUUUUGCAUAACUGAAAUGAUAGUUUAUUUGAACUUUUGUGGAAUCCAAGGGGGUGUGCUAGUUUUUAUUCAGUGCUUUUGCCGAAUAGCAGUGUAAUUGGUAUAUAUAUAUAUAU